CCGAUUGGCUGAGGCGUCGCUAGAGAGCCAGGCCUUGGCAGUCGCUGCCCGAGGACCGGCGUUCCCAGGACCUGGGCGGGACAGAGCCAGUGGUGACCCACGGCAAAGAGGAGCGACGAGAUGAUCCGUCAGAAGUCCAGCCAAUUCCUAGGACUGAAGAUGCAGUCGGAGCUUGAACAGCCCUCCGAACUGCAGCGGGAACCCGAGAGGGAACUCACUUCAUUGGAUGAGUCCGUCAUGCGGGUAGCAACAGGUGUGCGGCCUGAGUCCGGCACCGCGGCCUCGGUAGAAGCGGAUGAAGAUCCUGCAGCCAACUUGUUCCCGCCGCCGCUGCCCCGGCCCCGGAUCUGCAUGUGGAAGUACCUGGACAUCCAUUCCAUGCACAGGCUGGAGAAGACCACCAACACUGAGGAGAUGAGGGAGGUGCUAGCUGAGCUGUUGGGGCUAGGCUCUCCUGAGCAGAGCCUGCGGGAUGCCAUCAUCCUGGACCUUUUCUCCCAUGCACUCAUCUUCUGCCGCCAGCAGGGCUUUUCACUGGAACAGACAUCAACAGCUUGUGCUCUGCUCCAAGAUCUUCACAAGGCCUGUGUGGCAACCCCCUUGGGCAACGUGGAGGAAUGUUACCGCUACUUCACCAGUGUUCUUUUUUGCCAUGGAGUCAGGGUCAGUUCCUCUGGAAUGGAAUCUUCAGUCUCCCCCCAGAUAAAGUCUAGCCCAGUCUUCUACCCUCUCUCACACUCAUCACCCUCAUCUUUCUCUGAAGGCUGCAAGGGGCUCUCCCUGCUCCUGGACUGCCAGGCACUUGGAGAAAAGGUCAGGGUUCCUGGGGGUGGUCAGUCCCCUAACUCCCAAUCAUCCCCACAGCGGCCUCCCUUCAGUAUCAACCUCUUUAGGGAGGAACAGCUGCUUGCCCUGGCAGAUUAUGUGGUCAACACCUACUUCCGCCACUUCAAGCUCUACAAAUAUGUCUUCACACCCCAGGUGAGGCUGGACCUAUCUUUGACUUACAUAGGGCUACAGCCGUCUGAGCUCUGGCCAGAGGAUGAGACAGAGAAAGAAGGCGAGGAGGUGGGAGAGCAGGCAGUCACCCCACAGGAGGAGGAGCUGGAAACAGUGGUCCAGCCAGAGCAAGAGCCAAGCCAGGUCUCCAUCCUGCGAGCCUACAUCAAGACCCAGAUGAGCAAGGAGCUGGGGCAGCUCCAACAGCUGAUAGAGGAGCGGCUCAAAGCCAGCGAGGAAAGGCUCAACAGCAAGUUGACCAUCCUAGAGCGGCCCUUCCAGCUACCUCCUGGCAAAGGCAAGAACAAGACCAAGUGACCCCCAGCAUUUCCCCCAAUAAAGGCCUGGGGCAGAGCAGCCCCAUCCCCGCCCCCCCACCCCUCCUGAGCACCUUCUGGGCUUCCCCGCUGAAGCCAGACAGCAGACAUAGGGCACUGGCUCUCUCGGGCGUGCAGCAGAUUUUAUUGCAGGUGCAGCACAGGCAGCAUUGACAAGGCUAGGCAUGGUGUUGCGAGCAGCAGUGCCCUUCCACCUUAGCUCUGAUCCCAAAGCCCUGGCUGGUGGGGACAGGUGUACAGGGCUGGUCUUUAUGGUCAUAUAUCAGUGGCGGCAUGGCCAGGCAGGGGGGCCUGAGGCCAGAGCCCGUAAGGGCUGGAAUGAUAAAAAUCCUCCUCCAGGAGAGUCCUGCUUUCUGGGGGUCCCCUGGGCUGAGGUGCUAGCCCAGUGCCAGCAUGGUGUCGUCCUCGGCGAUAGCAGCAGAGUCCCCCUCUUCUUCAGGGCCCAUGAUGGGAAAAGGCCCAGGGGGCUGGUGCUGGAAGAGGGCUGCUCGGUUUUGUUGCUCACCCUUCUUCACCCAGUGCCCAUAGAGCCGGAAGGCACAGUUGUCGAUGAGGCGCCGCACCGGCCGCAGUGCGUAAGGGUCCCUCAACAGUGCACUCUUGGUCAGCGGCCGGACACGCUGGGUGCUUAAGGCCACUCGUCCAGCAGCCAGCACUGUCCACACUGCCACCUGGGAAGGAGAGGCAAUGUGAGCUCCAGUGGGGCAUCCACCAUAGGAGAAUGAUCAUGGGACAGAGGAACAGGCCCAGAUGCUGACACUCUCAGGCUUACCCGGAACCGCUGGCGGGGGGUGAGGUUCCAGGGUUGGCUGCCUUCACAGCGCUCAAAGAAGGGAUGCUGUAGGGCUUGCUCAGCUGUCAGGCGCUCCUCAGGAUCUACCUGUAGCAGCUUUGAGAUCUAGGGGAAACCCCAGAGCAUGAGAGGCAGCUCUUGGGCCUCCUUCCUCACCCUCUCAUGGCCCCAGCUCACCAGGUCUUUGACGGUGUCCGAACGGUCAUCCCACUCAGGUGAACUAAACUGGUACUGGCCCUCCAUGAUCAUGCGUAACAUCAGGAUCUGGCGUCGGUGCCAGAAUGGUGGCGAGCCAGCCAGGAGUGUAAACAAAAUCACCCCACAGGCCCAGCUGGGAAAGAGACCAGAGUCAGGCAGGGCUAGGCAAAUGUGUUGAAGGACAAGACACAAAGGAGAAAGGAAGGCGGGGGAGACCAUAAACUCACAGGUCGACCUCCUUGCCAUAGCCGGGGUGGGUUUCAUCCAUGGAGCAUUUAAGGAUCUCUGGUGCUAGGUACCCUGGGGUCCCACACAACUCUGGGGAGAGAGAGCUGAGAUUGAUGGAUGCCACCAGACCCCUAACUCAAGGGCCUGUUCAAGGGCCCCUAACUCCAGACCUCUGCUGGAGCCUCAACGCUGCCAGGACCAUAAGUGUUCCCAUUCUGCUCCUGCCUGCCCUCCACUGAGGGCAGUACUAGACCCGAACCUUGCUGCACAACCCAAAUACCCACCAAGGUUCCUGGUGGCCUUCCUGGGGAAAACCUCAUUUUUGGAUGGACUUCAAAGUCUUCCCCAAGCAUAUCAUUUGCCACCUGCAACCAAACCUACCCACUCCUUACACAACUUUGUGCCACGUUUUUACAUGUAUAACAUAAAUGGAAAGCAAAACUUCAA